AUGGCCCCAAAUUCAAAAUUAAACGCAAAGCGCAAGGCGCAAAGGGAAGCCACCAAGGCUCCUAAACCGCGAUCCGAACGGCGUUCGGGGGAAGAAGGAGGGAAAAGCGAGACGAAGACGUUGAUCCCGAUUGAACUCCAGCAGCUUUUGUUGAAUAUAUUCCGGAAUUCGUUUGCGGAGCGGCUGAGUGUCGAUUUUGGGCCGCUCUUGCAGGAAGUCAAGGGACAUCUGUUUAAUCGGGAUUUUGCGGCGGCGUUUGGUAAAGAGGAGUAUCUCGAGAUGUAUGCUGCGAGGUGGAGUCCGAGUCGCGCAUUGGGGUAUUUGGAUUUGUUUUGGGAUUUGAAAGGAGACCUAGGGUUUGAUGUUGAGGAAGAUGGGCCUGGUACCGACGGAUCUGACAGUGUUAAGAGUCGGAAAGUUGUGUGCUUGGGUGGUGGAGCGGGAGCGGAAAUUGUUGCUCUAGGGGGAUUGCAGAAAUUACUUUCAAGCAGGGUGGUGGAAGAAAAAGAGGGGGAAGACGAGAAGGUGGUGAACGCGGGAAAAAUGGAGGUUACGGCUAUUGAUAUUGCGGAUUGGAACGUAGUAGUGGAGAACCUGGCAAAACACCUUACGACCGCACCGACACUUUCAAAGUACGCAUCAGCUGCUGCAAAGGCAGCAAAUACGCCCUUCCUGGAUCCAGCGCAAAUAUUGGUCACAUUUCACCAACAGGACGUUCUCAAGGCAUCCACAUUGGAUAUGACGUCGCAGUUAGCAGACGCAAACCUAGUCACUCUGCUCUUUACUCUCAACGAACUAUACUCCACAUCCCUCCCUCUAACACAGAAAUUCCUCCUCCAUCUCACUUCAAUAAUGAAGCCCGGAUCCCUACUUCUAGUUAUCGACAGCCCCGGAAGCUACUCUACCGUUACGCUCAACGGAACAGAGAAGAAGUACCCCAUGCAAUGGCUUCUCGACCACACGCUCCUGGACCAAGCCAGUAGCAAUAAGAACGAGAGAGGUAAAGAAGAAAUAGCAAGUUGGGAGAAGGUAAAAGAAGACGAUAGCCGAUGGUUCAGGUUGGAUGAUAGGCUGCGUUAUCCGAUUGAGCUUGAGAAUAUGCGGAUGCAGAUGCAUCUGUAUCGACGACUAUAG